GAGAGAGAGAGAGAGAGAGAGAGAGAGAGAGAGAGAGAGAGAGAGAGAGAGAGAGAGAGAGAGAGAGAGAGAGAACUGUAACUUUUCACACCCUAAAUGACACUCCACCACACAAUCACUACACCGUAAUACUCGUUGAUACCAAAUUUGAGUGCCUUGAGAAACCUGAUGGAAUAGGAGUAGAAAGUCAUAGCACAGCAGAACAUUUGUACUUCCCGCCAUCAGCACCUCUCCAAUCUCCCAGUAUCUUGACGCCAUUUUGUCUGCUGUGUGCUUCCUCAGCUGUGUAAGGAAAACAGAAAUAUGUAAAACAGGCUGCUACUGAGGACGUACUUGCCGCUUGGACACACCACAAAUUAAUAAGCACAAUGAAAGAAGUAGAGGGCAGGCAGCUGGUGGAGUGCAUGAUCUGCGGGGUGCUGGUCGGCUCUGUGUUCAGCUACCAUAAGCAUAACGUGAGGCAGCACUCCCUGGCGCAGCUGUCACGGGCCAUUCUCAAGCUGAGGAACUUGAAACUGCCUCUGGUGGAUCCCGCGGAGGAGAAUGCGACUGAAGGCGAUGACGAUGAAGACGAGGAUGUAAUGUGCAGCGGCAUCAAUGACCCAAUGGAUGUUCUGAAGUUGCCGGUCAAGGUGGAGGUGAUGGACGAAAUCAUUGAGCUUGGACCCACAGACAACUCAGACCACCUCCAAAUUCAAAGUCGCCUCCUUAACAGCUCUGAUGAGGCUAGCCAGCACUCCAGCCAUGUCAUUGAGGUGAAAGAGAACAACCCCCCGCCGUGCCUCUUCAAUCCAGUGGUGGAGGAUCCCAAUGCCAUUACCGUGAAAUUCAACAAGGAGCUGGUCACAGCCAGGGACAACAGCUCCUCCUCUGUGCUUUUCCCUGAGGCCAAGAAGAAGGGCAAGGAGGGGAACACUAAAGUCUUGAGGGCUACUUUCAAGAGUAGCAUUGAGAUCCCAAAUCCAAACUCAUUCAUUAUGGACUAUAAAAAAGCUAUGUCUCAUUCAUCAGAGAAGUAUGUCAUGCAGAACAUUGACAAAUUAGCACCUGUUGUCAAGAAAAGAAGAGGACGCCCUAGAAAGAAUCCAGAAAACUCUAGAGGUAAUAACGCUCGGGCACCAGCCAGAAGUGAAACCUUCAGGAAUGAGGCAAAUGAUGAGGAAGAUGGUGCCUUUGUUGGUGAUCCUCCUCUGUUUUCAGAUGAAGAGGAUGAGGAAGAUAAUUCAGUUGCUAUUCCUAGUAUUACCAAAACUCGCUCUGGCAGAGAAGUAAAAGUAAAAAAGGAAGAUGGAACUUUUAGUUAUUAUGAUAUGCCUGGGAGGCCUCAGUUAGAAACAGAGGUCUUGAAUACUUCAAAACAUGAAGAAGAAGAAUAUGGUUCCAUGAAGAAAAGUAAAAGAGGAAGAAAAAGGAAAAAGCUAUUAGAUUCUGAUCAAGGGACCAUAGAAUCAUCAUCUGUCACUGCUUCCUGUAGUUAUGAUGCAAGUCACAAUAUAGAGAUAAGUUUAAAAAAGGAUGAGGACAGUCAAAAUAAAGAUGACACUUGUAAUGAUAACAUGGUUACCACAGAAAAUAUAGAUGAGGAAAAAAUUCAGAAUGUGAACAUUUCUGAUACAAAUAAGACAGAUAACUCAGGGCAGGAAGGGACAACCACAACUGCGAAUAAUCUGAAUGGAUCUUUCUGUUUUCUUUGUUUCAAGGUAUUUAGUGUUGAAGAGGACUGUGAGAAGCAUGUGUGUGAGCAUAAUAUAAGUAAAGUUACCAAUGUUAAUAGUGAGAGCACACAUGCUAAUGAACACCAGGGAAACAGUGAUGAAGAGAUGACUCAGAUCAUUACUUUGUCAUCCAAAGACCUGGAGGCAUCAGAGUUAGAAGAGUCCCCUGACAAGACUUCUUCUCUCAGUAAUGAAGAUUCAAGCAUAAAGAAUGAAGAACUUGUGUGUUCUGUGUGCAAUACUGUGUUUGAGUCCCAAAUCUCAUUUGACAAUCAUUCCCAUGAUAAUACUCAUGACUGCAAAAUUUGUGGAAAGAAGUACCAGAACAGAGGAAAUCUUCAAAGCCACAUCAAGAAGUACCAUGAGGAGACAGAGUGGAUGAAAUUCAGAUGUGCAACAUGUGGUAAAAGCUUUGGGUUUUUACUAGCCUUAGAGAGACACAUGAAAGGACACAAUCCUAAUCAAAAGUUUGGAUGUGAUCAGUGUGGUAAAGUUUUUAAGACUCUGACUAACUUAAAAAACCACAUUCCUUUACAUACCAAGGAUGAAGUGUUUAGAUGCCCUUAUUGCCCCAAGCACUACUACAUUAGGUACACUUAUGAAAAGCAUGUAAAAAGUCAUGUGUCUCCUCCAAAGUUUCAUUGUGGAAUAUGUAGCAGAAAUUUCAGUGACAAGAAAUAUUUUGAGGUACAUUUGGAGAGGCAUCAGACUGGUGGGUGUUUGGGAAGGAGUAAAGAUUUCAGGUGUAAUAACUGUGGAGACAUAAAAACUCCAACUGAGCUAGAGAUUGUGAGUGAAGCUGAUCCAGGCCACCAUAAGACUUGCCUGGUGUGUGGUAAAGGUCACUACAAAAAGUUUAUGUUGGAAAAUGUAGACUCUGUAACACUACAAGAAAAAGGUGAGAGGGAAAGAGAACAAUGUAAAUUGUGUGGAAAAUUUGUCCUAAAUCUAGUGAGGCAUGUCAGAAGCACACACCUUGAGACCUCUUAUGUCUCCUGUGAUGUGUGUGGAGUUGUGGUCUCUAAGGCAUCACUACCAUCCCAUAAGAAUCGUAAGCAUGGGGGGUCAGCAGUCACUUGUGAUCACUGCAACAAGGUCUUCAAGAACAUCAUGUGCCUCCAAGAACACAUGACAAAAGUGAGGAAAAAGGAGGACCCAUCAAGAAAUAUUUGCAAGUUCUGCAGAGAGUUGGUGCCCCCAGAGCUGUGGAAGGAGCACAUGGCAAAACAUAAGAUGAAAUGCAGUGAAUGUGGAGCCUCUGAGUUCAGGAACAACGAUGAAUUCAUGGCUCACUUGGAAGCUUGCAGAAGAUGCAGCAGCUGUGGUACUGUUGACUUUGCCACACGUGAAGAAUAUCUUGCCCACGUAGAGAUGUGUGGGAGUAGCAUUGACAUCAUGACAGGCACUCUUGAUGCUACUAGUGACCAGGAGGUGGUGACAAGUAUAUUUGCAAUAGUAGAUGAUAGCACUUGUUGUACAACUUGUGGUGAAGAUUUUGAGGACCAUAUCUCCCUUGCCAAUCACAUCACUGAGGUGCAUCCCGAUGCCCUACCCAUAGACCACACCCUGGAGGAGGCAGGCAGUGCGGGAGACACUUUAUAUGCUUGUCCUCAUGAAACCUGUGGGAUCAUUUUCACUAGUAAAGAGUUGUUAAGUGAUCAUUUGUCAAGUGAUCACCAUACAUAAUUUGUAAUCAUAUAGUGUCUUGUAUUGACAAACAUUAUGUACAAAACCUUAUUAGUAUGAUUACCAUGUUAAAAUAAAGCAAAUAUUUUUUU